AUGGAAUAUAAAGUUCCUUUUGUUGGAAAUCCGUCAGUCGGAAAGACCAGCAUUAUUUCACGAUAUGCAUCAAAUGUUUUCAAUGAAGAAACAUUGCCAACUGUUGGUGCAUGUAACUUUAAUUUUACAAUUAAUUUAAACGAUGAAGAAGUUGUGAUGAAUGUAUGGGAUACAGCAGGCCAAGAAAGGUUUAGAAGUCUAGUUCCAUUAUAUACAAGAGGAUCUAGUCUAAUUGUUAUUACUUUCGACAUUUCAGAAAUUGAAACCUUUAAAGCUGUAGAUGAUUGGUAUCAGAAACUAAGAGAUGAAUUUGGCAUGAAAUGUCCAAUAUUUUUAGUUGCCAAUAAGAUGGAUUUAGAUCCAAAAGUUCCAAUUAACGAAAUUAAGUCCUGGGCCCAGGCUCAUCAAUGCCAAGCCUUCUUUACAUCUGCUAUGACAAAUAGAGGAAUUGAAGAAUUAUUCACUACAAUUGCUCAAACAGUAUCAAGUCCAAUAAUAUCUGAAAAUAUGGUUAGCUCAACAACACUUGAUCCAAAGGAUAAAAAGAAGGAAAAGUCUGGAUGUUGUUAA